CUUAACUGUCAUAUUCACAUUUAUUAGAUGAUUUUGUUAUAAAUGCUGAGAUUCAAUACAUAAAUAAAUCGAAUUGCCUUUUUUUGUGCUACGCUAUAGUGCUGUUCAUUAACAUAAACAUGACUAACUUAUUAUUAAGUCCUUCGGAAAAAGUAUUUAUCCUUCACGGAGUACAAGAUGAUUAUCGUUCAGAUGGGCGAUCAAACAUAGAUUACAGGCCUAUGGAGUUAGAAACCGACGUAGUCAGCCAUGCUAGUGGAUCUGCCAGGCUACGUUUAGCCAAUACAGAUAUACUUGUUGGUGUAAAAACCGAAAUUGAUGUACCAAAACCUGACAAGCCUGAUUUGGGAAAGAUAGAAUUCUUUGUAGAUUGUUCAGCAAAUGCAACUCCAGAAUUUGAAGGCCGAGGAGGCGAGCAGCUGGCUAACAGCAUAGCAAACCUGAUGCAGCGAGCCUACCACUCCUCACAAGCAUUUGAUCUCAAACAACUGUCCAUUUUGGAGGGAAAGCAGUGUUGGAAACUGUACAUUGAUGUUUUGAUACUUGAAAGUGGUGGUAACCUAUGUGACGCUGUGUCCCUAGCUGUCAAAGCAGCACUGUUCAACACAAGGAUUCCUUUAGUAAAGGCAGCGUUGAUGGACGGAGGAAAUGUAGAUCUGCAGCUCUCUGAUGAUCCCUAUGAUAGUAAACUUUUGGAUGUUGGCACUGCACCACUAUUGGUAACCUUGUGCAAAAUCGGCGACAAAUGCGUCGUAGACCCAUCAGCUGAAGAAGAGAGUUGCAGCGUCAUCUCCCUCGUAGUAGGAGUGACAGGCAACCCGAGAUAUUACACUACAGAAACUCUGGAGGCUCCGGAAGGCGGCAAGUGCACGACUAUAGCCAUGAAUGGGCCGGGCAGCGUGGCGCCGAAGACGCUCAAGGAUGCUAUCAACCAGGGAAUAAUUGCUGCCAAAUCCCUUGAUGAAGCUUUAGGCGAGGCCCUACUACGAGAAAGAAAGGAAACUAUCGGCCUGAAAAAACAUUCCUACGGGUUUCUUAAAUAAAAAUAAUAAUUUUAAA